UCUACGCCAUUGGAGUCGUCCUUGUUCUGAAUGACCCCCCCUCCUCUCCUUCCCCUCAAACACACCCAUUACUAUAAAAGAAGCCACGCUUUCCCUCUCAAAUAGCCACACCUCUUUGAUUCCCUCUCUCGCCCUUUUCUCCCCUCUUUACAUGUCUUUCUACACUCUAAUAAUUUAUUUAUUGCUCUCCUUUUCUUCUUCUUCUUCUUGAGGUUCUUUGUCUAAUAUUCUCUUUAUGAAGAACUUUAAUGGGUUAUUACAACUAUAAGAAGUGUGCAUGAGUUUUUAGACUUUGAGCUAGAAUUGCGCAGCUCCAGUAGCUGGUGGAGACAUUUUUGAGCCACAAGACACAUACAUACAUAUACAGUCUUUUCUGAGGUGCUUUCAUAGGGGUAUGGAGAAGCUUAGUUUUGUUAAGAAUGGUGUGCUUAGAUUGCCUCCUGGAUUUAGGUUCCACCCAACAGAUGAGGAGCUUGUUGUCCAGUACUUGAAGAGAAAGGUGUUCGCUUGCCCCUUGCCCGCUUCCAUAAUCCCUGAAGUCGAUGUUUGCAAGUCUGAUCCUUGGGAUUUGCCAGGUGAUUUGGAGCAAGAACGGUACUUUUUCAGCACCAGAGAAGCCAAAUAUCCCAAUGGGAAUCGAUCCAACAGAGCCACAGGCUCUGGCUACUGGAAGGCAACUGGAAUAGACAAGCAAAUUGUGACUUCUAAGGGCAAUCAAGCUGUGGGGAUGAAGAAAACUCUGGUUUUUUACAGAGGAAAACCCCCCCAUGGCACUAGGACUGAUUGGAUCAUGCAUGAAUACCGCCUUGCAAGCACUGAAACCACAGCCUGCAAUGCCCUGAAAAAUAAGAAUUCAACUCAGGGCCCUGUUGUGGUGCCAAUGGAAAAUUGGGUUCUAUGCCGCAUAUUUUUGAAGAAGAGAGGCACCAAAAAUGAGGAAGAAAACAUUCAAGUUGGCAAUGAUAAUAGACUGCCCAAACUCAGGGCCACUGAGCCUGUUUUCUAUGAUUUCAUGACGAAGGAGAAGACAACUGAUUUGAAUCUAGCUCCUUCCUCAUCAUCCUCAGGAUCCAGUGGAAUCACAGAGGAGGUGUCCUGUAAUGAAUCAGAUGACCACGAAGAAAGUAGUAGUUGCAAUAGUUUUCCUUACGUUAGAAGAAAACCAUAGCUAGAAUGCCCCUCUUAAUUAGUCUUUAGUUCUUGUAUCCGUAUUUAGGGGUUCUGGCUUCUCAACCAGAAUAGUCAUCUUAAGCAAUCUAAUGCUUGUGUCUUUCGGGUUUCGUCUCUCUCAUCUGUGAGUGUAUGGCUAUAACAGGAAGGGGAAUCACAAGAAAAGAAAAGAAAAACAAACCCGGCAUUAACUGUUGCCAGUAAUGUAGAGAGGAAAUAUGGAUGUCAAGUUGUCAACAAAGGGUAUAAUCACAUAUCGAUAUGUAAUCAAUCCCAAAAUUUCAAAGUCAGUGAUAUUUCUCCUCUUUUGCAAA